GGCGGAGCGCCGAGACGAGGCCACACACAGACCCGCUUACCCGCCACACGGCGCAUCCAGGCGGCAUGAGAGCGGCCACACCGGCGCACAGGGCUGCCCUGCACCUCUCUGCCAGCUCGGACUAGCAGGAGCGGGAGGAGUUAAAGGGCUGCGUCCCCCGUGUUUGUCGUGUUUAUCGCCCAGGCUAGGCGGCUAGCUCCCUCCUUCAGUCCGCCAGACCGGGCUGCUCGCUCUCUCUCUCUCUCUCUCUCUCUCUCUCUCUCUCUCUCUCUUCAUGAUGGAGAGAGAGACGAGUCGAGUUUACAGGCUGGAGGAGAUGUGAGCUCCGUAAAGCCAGAUAAAUCCCCUCUCCUCUUCUUUUUACCUCCAUUUGUGUCCGUAAGAUACAAAGCAGCGGUUCUUUUUGCUGCUUGUUUCGAGUCUUUCAGCUCAGAAGCACAAAAAAAUGACACCAGGAGAAACAUUACUCGAAGACUGAGUGGAGAAAGAAGUCUCUCAGGCCUGAUUGUCUGGAUUCUGUGGUGUGGUCAGAAACGGCCCUGAGAGCAUGUCUCCCAUGGUUUGGCCAGCGCUGUGCAAGCGGGGACUUCAUCAGCAUCCUCCUCUCCAUCUCCGGCAGCUGUAGACAAAGAUCCAUUGCACAAUGACAGAGCUCCAGUGAGGCCCAGCCCCAACGCAACUCGCUCACCUUCCCCCUCCACCUCUCACCCCGGCCCCUGCUGGUCCGCAGCUCGACCGACCCAGAUCCCGACCAUGCUGCGCUUCCUGCCCCUCAAACUGGGCCGACUCUACCGCUGCCUGAAGCUGCUACUGGUCCUGGGCCUGUCUGUAGUCCUGCUGAUGAACACUCACACACUCUUCGCCUCCUUCCAGAAGAACGAGCUGACGGACCGCCGCUUCCUCAACCUCAACAAGUGCCCGGCCUGCUUCGGCACCAGCUGGUGCCGCAAGUUCAUGAACGGCCAGGUGUCCUUCGAGACGUGGGGGCGCCUGCGCUUCCUGGACGUUUUCAAUGUCAAGAACGUCUUCUUCGCCCAGUACGGCGAGCCCAGGGAAGGCACGCGAAGGAUCGUUCUCAAACGCCUGGGCUCCAAUCAGGAGCUGGCCGACAUUGACCAGAAAAUCUGCAAGAGGGCCACGGGUCGCCCCCGCUGCGACCUCAUUCAGGCCAUGUACAAGACCGAGUUUGCUCGGCUUAACGGAGACGUUCGGCUCCUGACUCCAGAUGUGGUAGAGGGCUGGUCGGACCUGGUGCAUUGCCCCUCCCAGAGACUGCUGGACCGGAUAGUCCGGCGUUACGCCGAGACUAAAGACUCUGGAAGUUUCCUUCUGAAAAACCUUAAAGACACAGAGAGGAUGCAGCUACUCAUGACUUUGGCUUUCAACCCGGAGCCCUUGGUGCUACAGAGUUUCCCUUCAGACGAAGGCUGGCCCUUUGCCAAGUAUCUGGGCGCGUGCGGGCGCAUGGUGGCCGUGAACUACGUGGGUGAGGAGCUGUGGAGUUUCUAUCAUGCGCCGUGGGAGAAGCGAGUGGACCUGGCCAAGCAGCUGAUGGACAUUGCUGAGCAGCUCACGAACAAUGACUUCGACUUCGCACUCUACUUGCUGGACGUCAGCUUCGACAACUUCGCCGUGGGCCCCCGGGACGGCAAGGUCAUCGUGGUGGAUGCCGAGAACGUGGUGGUGGCUGACAAAAGACUGAUCAAACAGAAUAAGCCGGAGAACUACGACGUUUGGUACGAGAGCAGGUUUGAGGAGUGUGAUAAAGAGGCCUGUCUCUCGUUCUCUAAAGACAUGCUGUGCUCGCGGGUCACCGUGGACCACAACUACUACGCCAUCUGCCAGAACCUGCUGUCCCGCUACGCCACGUGGAGGGGCAGCCGGGGGGGCUUGCUGCACGACCCGCCAGCCCACAUAGCCAAAGACGGGCAGCUGGAGGCCAUGCUGGAGGAGUGCGCCAACCCCAAAAAGCGCUACGGCCGGUUCGCGGCGGCCAAAGAACUCCGCGAGUACCUCACCCAGCUCAGUGGCGCGGCCAGGUAAUGACCGGCCCAUGGACCGAACACAUCCAGCCCCAGCCAUCAGCCACUUUCACUGUCUGUGUGGCGGAAGCGUCCGAAUCCCCGUUUCGGAACGAACCGGGGGGUAGGGGGGAGCACGUCCAAGAACUUCUAAGGACCUUGUUGGGUUCUGCUGAGGUUCCUUUUUACUCGUGAGGCCUUCUGAGGUCCACAUUGUGUCCCGGCCUGCUGACGUUUCAGAGCACUCUUACGAGUGACUGUUCGUGGGUGGGGUAUGUCCUGCUGUAGUGGACUGCUGUUGCCAUGGAGACUGGAGGUCAUCUUUAAAAAGCAGCUUUUGCUAGAGUUUGAGGGCCAGUUCUUCUCUCUACUCCAGAUCACCCGUCCGUCACACAUGGUCUUUCUACUCAUGUAUGAAACUUGCUAGCGUCUCUGACAGUCCGAACUCAUCCGAAAGCUUGUGUUCAUCAUUUAAGGAUCAUUAUAAGGUUUACUCUCCAACGAGGGAGGCAGCAGCUAAUUUUUUUAUGAGUAGCAUCUCAUCCCAUAGACUGGUUGAUGAGAUAUGAGUGUGCUUACAAUGGCAGCUGGAGGAAAUUGGCACACAGCAGCUCGGGAGGGACCCCCAGAUCCCUCUCCUCAUAUUGAAUCACAGUGAUCUGGUGUUCGGCAAUCAGCGUUUGUCUUUAGAACAUGGUAGAGAGGGGAUAAGAGUGUACAGAACAAAGGAAACGAGAAGAGUAGGAAGCGGAUGAGCUGCAGCUGUUCUUUUAACCCCACUUUUGCAUAUACCAAAGAUGUCUGGCUAUAUGUUGAUCCAAUCCCUGUACAUUUAUCACGUUGAGCUGAUCAUAAAAGCCCAAGGCAACAU